AAUAAUAAUAAUAAAAAAAAAAAAAAAAAAAAAAAAGACGAAUAACCUCCAUGAACAUCCUAGUCAUGAUCAACAUACUUCACUCCACUUAAAACCAUUCUCCUUCAUUAAAAUCCCUUCCGUCACCUUUCAUCCAUCCUACGGUAUACAUCGUUCGAGCACCGUGGUCUCCCUGGCCCACCUCGUCUAGCUUAUUCAUAAGCUUCUUGUUAUCAAAAGUUGAUUCUAAUCAUGAGACAUUUCUAAAUUUGUCUUCUUGUUUUGUUCUUCUUCUUUCCGUUUACAGUUCAUUUAAUUAUUUUUUUUUACGACAAUAGAACUUUCAGUGUAACAAAAUAUCUUAAGGGUGCAACUUUAUUACUUACUCCUUAAACCCUGUCUCGCCUGUAUUGUCCGUUACUAAAUUUGUACAAAAAAAGGAGGAUUUCCUCCUCGUUGAUCGUUCGAGUGGUUCCUGUACUAUUUACUCUCUCAAUUUCUCCGUUUCCAAUUUCUUCUCUUUUUUUCAGUUAGAUUUUCUUCUUCGUCAUUCUCCUUAAAACGUUCCGUUUCAGCAAUUGUCCUUUUUCACGUGUUUCUUUCUAACUGUACGCCCGUAAUCAGAGAAUUGCAUUGACUACUAUUUUCUUCUGAACAAUUUCAAUACCUGUUGCAAUGAGUUUAGACAAAGGUGAAGGUACUGUAAAAACUGCCAACCUUGCGGAUGAGAAAAAUGAUGUCUCUGGAAUGGACAAGCCAAAUGCCAAUGACAAAUCUCUUCCCCGACGAAUGUCAGGUCUUUCGUUAAGCACCUUGUCAACCAGCCCAGGCAUUUACAGAACUGGAAGCAGUAGCAGUCUUAUGAACAAGACGACAGGCAAUCCUCGGACCGGAAAGUCUCGAUGGACACGCAGAAACUCGCGUACAGAAUUCGAUACUCGUAAGCGUCAGAUUGGCCGUGUAAAGAAUGUUCCCAUCGGCAGUUGUCUACUCCAUCUUUCACUUGAAAACAAACAAAAAGAUGCUUUGCUUCAUCAGCUUUCUGUUGAACCAUCCAACAAAAAAGAUUUAACCAUACUGGGAGCUAAGGUUAAAGAACUUUCCCAAUUGCUGAGCUCGACAAAGCUCAAAUUCGAGUUUCAUGAGAUUUUGUUUAUUACUAAUGAAGGCGAGAGCGCCAUAUCUGCCAUGGUCCAACUUGUGAGGCUUCUCACUCAGCGGACCCAACCUCUAUCGGACGUUAACGAGAAAUCUGCUCCCAAGUUUUCCAUUGGCGCUGCCAAUGGAAAUCACCAGCAAGAAAAGCAAGAAACCGAGGAGGGAAAAAAGCCGCAGUCUACAUGUACCAUAUACCUUGAAAAGUCUCUCUUCAUGCACCCUGCCAUCACGAGUUUACCACACGGACGUAUCCAAUUUUGGACACAGGAACUGUGUGCCAACAAUCCAAAUAUGUUUGACUGCGUGAUUACGGUAGGCGAUGACAGCACCGCAUUGCGUGCAAGUUGGCUUUUCCAGGAAGUUGUUCCCCCGGUCAUUUCCUUUUCGGUAGCAAAGCACGGUUUCCUUACCAUGUUCGAUGCAAAGGACUAUAUGAAAGUGAUUACUCGCGUCUUCGACUCCGGCUUCACCGUCAACCUAAGAAUGCGUUUUGAGUGUACGCUAAUGAAAUAUUCGGCAGACACAAACAGCCAUAUGCAGGCGGGUCAAUGGUCAGUGCUGAACGAACUUGUUGUUGACCGGGGUCCAAAUCCGUUUAUGACCUCGCUUGAACUGUUUGGUGAUGAAGAGCACAUUACGAGUGUGCAAGCCGAUGGUUUGUGUAUAUCAACGCCGAGCGGCUCCACUGCAUAUUCACUUGCCGCUGGCGGUUCUUUGUGUCAUCCCGGAAUUCCUUGUGUGCUCAUUAGUCCUAUUUGCCCACAUACGCUUUCUUUCCGGCCUCUCGUGCUUCCGGAUAGUCUUAUUCUUCGCAUUCUUGUGCCUAUUGAUGCAAGAAGCACAGCUUGGUGUGCAUUCGACGGCCGCAACAGAACCGAGCUUUCCCAAGGCGAUUAUAUCCAAGUUAGCGCAUCACCGUAUCCAUUUCCAUCCGUCCACACGUCCAAGUACACAGCAGAUUGGUUCUACGCCUUGCGGAGGUCACUCAAUUGGAAUGAUCGAAGUAAAAGGCAACACGACACACACCGAACUCCGUCUACCGUGUCUACGUUUUCGGAAGUAUUCAAGAAUGGCAAGUAAAACGGUACACGCCAAAGGAGUCAAUAACGGGGCAACUUGUUAUCGCAGAAAGUUGAGUCUUCUCAUUUGUUCUCACUUUGAUAGGUUGUAUACUCUUACAUGAAAACACAUCUCACCAAAACUACCAUGAUCCGACAAUUGCUUAUCCACACCUUGGACCAUAAAGGGUCUCAACAAAACAGCUUUUUGUUUUGGGCCCAUUAAUCAUGUCUUGUCUCACCCUUCCAGCUAAUAAAAAAUGUCUCCUAAAUCACAUGUAUUAAUAAACAAACGAAAGAAACAAGAAGAAGAGAAAUUAAAAAAAAAAAAGGACUUAUAAACAGGAGAUGACGAACAGCUGUCGCGUAGAGGAGAACGAUUGUUUAAAGUCACUCAACCAUUGUAAUUGAGUAGCUGUAAUUUGCGAUAAUGCAGACGUACGAAUCCCCUAUCGUUGUAAAUUGUACUAUUAGGAUAAAAGAGAUUUCAUACGGGAGCAAACCGCUAAAUAAUAAGAGACAGAGCACUUAUGAUUCCAAACAGUCAUUGUACAUCCGUACAAUGUCUGGUGAAAUAUUUUGCUGAUGCGUGUACCUCCUGUGAUCGAGUGCCAAG